AUGACCGGUCAAAUUUUAAAUGCCCUGUUUGAUUCUGGAGCAUCGCAUUCAUUCAUUGCAUUUGAGAAGGCUAGUGAGUUAGGACUGAAGAUUGUGGUGUUAGGUUACGAUCUGAAGGUGUAUAAUGCCACCCACGAAGCCAUGAUAACUAAGUUAGGGUGUCCACAAGUUUCUUUUAAGGUUAAACAACGCGAUGUUGUUCAUGACUUGAUCUGUUUGCCGAUGACUGGCCUCGAUCUUAUCUUGGGAUUGGACUGGUUGCCUAAGAAUUGUGUUUUGUUGAACUGUUUUGAGAAAUCAUUGCAUUUUAUGCCUGAAGGGUCAGAAGGGCCGGUUGUGGUGAAUGGUUGUUCCUUGAACUAUGUGGUAGUAAACUGUUCAGGGCAGGAGUGUCAAGGUGUUAUGCUUCUAGCCGCGAGUGUGUCAGGCGAGGAACAAAGCUUAGAGCAAAUCCCAAUUGUUUGUGAAUUUCCUGAGGUGUUUCCUGAUGACAUUGAGGAAUUUCCUCCUAGGUGA